AUGACAGCUGCAUUGAUGCCCAUUGCUACUCCGGCGCUUCUUACGUCGCUAAGGAAUCAGCCACAUGUUCCCAAGCAUGCUUGGUAUUUCAUUGCUGCUACGACUCUGACCAUACUGAAUCGGCCAGAUGAGAUACCGCAAGUCUACAAUCAUGUCAUGAAACACGGCCUCGGUCCUGAUGAUGUGAAGCCGGGCCCGGAGGAACAGCUCACAAUUUUGAGGAAGCUACGUGAAGCACUCGUCAAGGCUUCUGCAGUUGGGGGCCUGCCCAAGACCAUCAAUUCUCUCAUGGAGUUGAAGAAAGUGACACCGGAGCACCUACUGGAUGAGCCGCAAGGUGCGAAUGAUCCGCUUUCUUCAUCGCCAACUGCACGGCAUGUGGACAUACAUCACACGCCCUCUUCCAAGAUCUUGCAGCGCGGCCAGGGCUUCUGGGAUAACAUCUACGGCAAGAUAUCGAGACGGGUAAUGAGUCAGAUGGACCGCUCGGGCACGGAAGACCUCGGUUUGACCGCCCGGCUGAUGUAUGGGUACAUACUCAGCAAUACCAACGUUUUGUCUCCAGUAGAGACAUCCUACCUAAAGGGUCAUCUCAAAGGCGCUCUCAACGGCGGCGCAUCUGCCGAGGAGGUGAGGGCUGUGAGAGGCAUCGUCAUGGACAUAUGCAAAGCUUCAGGCAUGAGCCAACUCGGUGAUGGUGUACCUGGUGGAUGGGGCUGGCGAAGCGAGGUUGCAACUGUAUGA